AUGGCGCAGUCAAUAGAGCGCAGCUGCACCAUGCUGGUGCACUUUGACAAACCCUCCUCAGCCACAGAGAUCAAGGAGGCCCUGGAAGGCAACGACCCGCAUGCAAAGAUUCAGGCCAUGCAAAAAGCAAUCAUGAUGUUGUUGAAUGGGGAGCAAUUGCCAGCGCUCUUCAUCACAAUUAUCCGAUAUGUGCUGCCUUCGGAGGACCACACCAUUCAGAAGCUUCUUCUUCUCUAUCUGGAAACCAUAGAGAAGACAGAUGCGUCAGGAAAGCUUCUUCCCGAGAUGAUCCUGAUUUGCCAGAACCUGAGAAACAACCUGCAGCAUCCCAACGAAUACAUUCGGGGGGUGACGCUGCGUUUCUUGUGCCGAAUCCGGGAAGAAGAAAUCCUGGAGCCUUUGAUACCCUCAAUUCUCGCAUGCUUAGAGCACAGGCAUUCUUAUGUGCGCCGCAACGCAGUCCUGGCUAUCAACGCCCUCUACAAGCUUCCCAAGGGCGAGCUGCUCCUUGUGGAUGCUCCUGAGCUCAUAGAAAAGGUGCUGCAGUCAGAGCAGGAUCUUUCCACAAAGCGGAAUGCCUUCCAAAUGCUCUGCAACCAUGCCCAGCCCCUUGCAGUCAACUACCUACUCUCCCAGGUGGACAAUGUGGCGCACUGGGGAGACAUCCUGCAGAUGGCAGUGCUGGAGCUCAUCCGCAAGGUGUGCCGCAGCAACCCCAACGAGAAGGGCAAGUACAUCAAGAUCAUCCUGGCGCUGCUGCAGAGCACCAGCAGCGCAGUGGUGUACGAGUGCGCUGUCACGCUCGUGUCGCUGUCCAACGCGCCCUCCGCCAUCAAGGCCGCCGCCAACUGCUACUGCCAGAUGCUCGUCAGCCAGAGCGACAACAAUGUCAAGCUCAUCGUGCUCGACCGCCUGCAGGAGCUCAAGGAGCGGCACAGGAGUGUGAUGCAGGCGAUGCUUAUGGAUGUGCUGCGCGCGCUGGCCACGCCCAACAUGGAUAUCCGCAAGAAGACCCUCGACAUCGCCCUGGACCUCAUCACCCAGCAAAACAUCGACGAGGUGGUAAUGGUGCUGAAGAAGGAGGUGAUGAAGACCCAGAACAAGGAUCUGGAGAAGGGCGCAGAGUACCGCCACUUGCUGGUGCACGCCAUUCACGAGUGCGCCGCCAACUUCCCAGACAUCGCCGCCAACGUCAUCCACCUCCUCAUGGACUUCCUGGGCGACACCAACUCCUCCUCAGCCCUCGAUGUGGUGUUCUUUGUGCGGGAGAUCAUGGAGACCAACCCGAAGCUGCGGCCGACGAUCCUCGAGCGCCUGAUCGACACCUUUUCGCAGAUCCGCUCCUCGCGCGUCUGCUCCUGUGCGCUCUGGAUCCUCUCCGAGUACUCCACCUCCGUGGAAGACAUCCACGCCGCCCUCGAGGUUAUCCGCAGCGGACUGGGCUCAAUGCCGUUUAUUAAAGACAAGGAUGAGAAGGAUGAUGCGGAGGAAGUGGAGGAUGUGCCUGCCCCUGCCAUGCCUGCCUCAAACAGGCCAGCUGUGCUGCCGGAUGGCUCCUAUGCCACGCAGACGGCGCUGGCGGACACGUUUGCGCUGCCGGCGUCCAUGGCGGCCAAUGCGCCCAACCUGCGCACGCUUCUGCUCAGCGGAGACUUCUUCCUCGGCGGUGUCGUCGCAGGCACGCUGACAAAGCUGCUGCUGCGGCUGCGGCAGCUGCAGGGGCAGACUUCGUACCGGAUGGCGGCAGAGGCGAUGCUCUUUGUGGCGGCCAUCUUGCGGCUGGGCGAGUCCCCCCAGAUGGCCCACCCCAUCGACGCCGACUCCAUGGACCGCAUGGUCACCUGCCUCCAGGCGCAGGAGGAGAAGGUGUGGCUGGACGCGUGCAACUCGUCCUUCGCGGCCAUGAUCAAGGACAAGCAGACCCGCGAGGCCGAGGAGGCCAAGGCCACGGACAAGCAGGCGAUGGCGCAGCCGGAUGAGCUGAUAGACUUCCAUCACCUGAAGUCGCGGCGGGGCAUGAGCCAGCUGGAGCUGGAGGACGAGGUGGCCACCGACCUGCAGAAGGCCACCGGCCUCGUCGACACCCACACCACCGACUCCUCCCACCUCAACCGCGUCCUCCAGCUCACCGGGCUGGCUGACCCGGUGUACGCAGAGGCGUAUGUGACGGUGCACCAGUACGACAUCGUGCUGGACGUGACGGUGAUUAACCGCACGGGGGACACGCUGCAGAACCUGUGCCUGGAGCUGGCCACCAUGGGCGACCUCAAGCUCGUUGAGCGGCCCCAGAACUACACCCUCUCCCCGGGCGCCACCCAGACCAUCAGGGCGAACAUCAAGGUGUCGUCGACCGAGACGGGCGCCAUCUUUGGGAACAUCGUGUACGAGUCCACAGGGUACUCGGAGCGCAGCGUGGUGGUCCUGAACGACAUCCACAUCGACAUCAUGGACUACAUCUCGCCCGCCUCCUGCCCCGAUGUCCAGUUCCGCUCCAUGUGGGCCGAGUUCGAAUGGGAGAACAAGGUGGCCAUCAACACGACGAUCACGGACGUGAACGAGUUCCUGAACCACAUCGUGACGAGCACCAACAUGAAGUGCCUCACGCCGCCGUCCGCGCUGUCCGGCAGCUGCGGCUUCCUGGCCGCCAACCUUUACGCCAAGAGUGUGUUUGGCGAGGACGCUCUGGUCAACCUCAGCGUAGAGAAGGGCGCCGAUGGCAAGCUCUCCGGCUACAUCCGCAUCAGGUCGAAGACACAGGGCAUUGCUCUCUCGCUCGGCGACAAGCUCAUCCUGAAGCAGAAGGGGUGAAAGUUGCCCGCAGUGAUCCUGGGCAGACUUGGCGUUAACUUUUUUAGGGUAUCCUGGGAGAUGUGGCACUUUGUAGAAGGGCUGUGAUGAGGCAGGUAUUCUGGUGGGGUGCAGAUUCACACUUUGAAGCAUUGCCGAAUAUUCGAUUGCCGAAUAUUCGAAUGCCGGCACGCCCAAUUGGCCGGCCCACAAUUCUCAUCAUGAUGUGGUGGCCCUCAGGCCUAUGUCGCAGUAGGUAAAAGCAGGUGCUGGGUCACAAGACUUCUUGUAACUUUACAUUUAUUGA